GCAUACAUUUGAUGCCAAUAGCUUUCGCAACAAACAAGCCAGUUCUCAAAGAGUCCAAAUUGAUUUUAGUCAUGCAACUCCGCCAUAGACACACCAGUUGCUGGAGUACCAAAAAGCUGUGAUGACAGUAUUUUAAUUGAUCCACGACAAUCGGUGGCAUAUGGAAUGCGUGAUGGAAAUUUUCUGUUACAUUAAGAAGCUAAUAGAGGGCAGAGCUGUUGGUGAGGAAGGUGUCGAGUUACUGCAGUACUGCAACUGGGAAAAUCCACAUUUCGCACGUGCCCCACUCGUAUGGAAUAGUAGCUUAUGUCAAAAGGCUGGUUUUAGUAUAAUGCGGCAUUCGCAGCAUACCCUCACUGGCGCCGAGCCGUUGAAGAAAUUUUGGCAAAUAAACGUGCAAGAAAUAGUUCCGAUACUAGCACGCCCAUAUUCUUGUUAAGGGUCAUCAAAAAAUUCCUUGUGUUGUAAAUAAUAAAGGGAAUGCCGGAUUAUACUAAAGCCAGCUUCCCGACAUAAACUACUAUUCCAUACGAACACAGAAAUAUAAAUGUAUCUAAAACUGAAUAACUCAAAUCAAAUUGGAUUGCAUUUACAUA